AUGAUGUUAUCGAGAACUUAUUUUAUUCGAAACAUAAAUGCUAACUUGGCCAGACGCCUACUCCACAUCAAAACAGCAUCUACUCCUAACGAAAACGCCUUGAAAUUCAUCUCGCCAGAUAAGCCUAUCUUACCCAUCGAGAAUACCACAUUCGAAUUCACAUCGACGUUACAAGCCAUCCAUUCUCCAUUGGCGUUGCAACUAUUCAAACUUCCUGGCAUUAAAUCAAUAUUGCUAGGACCCGACUUUUUGACAGUGAACAAGUUGGACAAUUACGACUGGCAUGAGCUAUCACAAGAAGUUACUGACACUAUGAAACAAUUCUUGGAUCACAAAGAUGCCAAGCCAGUUAUCACGAAUGAACUUGUUGAGAAAAUUCAACAAGAUAAACAAGCGUUGGAAGAUGAAGACGAAUCCGAUAUUGUACUGAUGAUCAAGGAACUUAUUGAAACAAGGAUACGUCCUGCUAUUCAAGAUGAUGGCGGGGAUAUUGAGUACAAAGGUUUUGACGAGGAAACUGGAACUGUAUUUUUAAAAUUACAAGGUGCAUGUAAAUCAUGUAGUGCUAGUGAGGAUACGCUAAAAAGUGGUAUUGAAGGCAUGUUGAAGCAUUACAUAGAGGAGGUUCAAGAAGUACAGCAGAUCUUGGAUCCAGAAGAGGAGAUAGCCAUGAAGGAAUUUGAAAGAUUGGAGUCACAGUUGAAAGGAACCAGAGAAAAUGCAGUCGAUGAAGGACCGCCAUCGUUAUAG